AGUAAUUGCGAAUGAUAUAUCAUUUUGCUUUACUUUAUAUGAUAUUUAGCUGUCUACUAGAAUCUGCUUAUUCUAUAUGAACCUGGUAGAUUUCAUGACAUUGAAAGAUUCGGGAUUUUAUAUUAUUUCUCUGAUUUUCUACACAAUUCCUUAUCAAUAUUUAGUUUGGGCAAACACAUCCCCAGUCAAUUCUGUCACACAAAGGACUGAAAAUAAGAUUCAUAGAAUGCUUCUACUUGGAUCCUAGUCAGCUGAUUUUUGCUUGCAACAAAUUUCUCUUGAUUCUAUUUUAUGAAUAUACAUAGUUAUAGUAUACGAAACGUUGUGUUUUGGUGCAGUACCAUUGUGCAGGGUCCUAUUGUUAUUCACGUAUCAUGAAUGAAUUUUCAGUUGUAUUAGUGAAACAUGUCUUAUAAACUGUACGCUAACCUUUGUUGAUGAUGCUGUACAUUUGCUACAAUUAAGAUGUAGAUGUGUAUGAAAUUACUCUCUAGUCUCUACUCAUACGCUAUACCAUGUAAAGUUCGCUACUGCUUGGAGCCUUGGACGUAUAUCAGGUUGUUGAACCAAAUAUCAAAGCUUAGUUGAGUAAAUUAAAGCUAUAUUUAGGAGCACUGAUUCCAAGGCACCAAUUCGGUGCUCCUAAACGCGACAUGAGGUAAAGUGGAUCUAGUACUGAACUGUUUAGCAUAAUAAAUUAUAUAUGUGUUGACAUAAAUAGUUGAUCUGGGAUUAUGUACCAUUAGGUUUAAUUUCUUUGUUAUGGAUUUCUGUGAACCUGUGUCACAUUUUCUUCGUGUUUCUCAUAGCAUUGCUCUCGACCUCAAUGUGAUAUGCUUUCAUUUGCUUCUUUCAGGAAGGGUUUCCUUGGUAUAGCUGUAGUGAAUACUGUAGCUGGGUUUUUAAGUGCUUUCUCCCCAAGUUAUAUAUGGUUGGUGAUUCUUCGUUGUUUGGUUGGUACUGGUUUGGGAGGUGGGUAUGUAUUACUAACAUGGUUUCUAGAGUUUGUUCCUACCGCAAACAGAGGCAGUUGGAUGGUUAUCUUUUCAACUUUCUGGACGCUUGGAACAAUUUUUGAGGCUGCACUUGCAUGGAUUGUCAUGCCAAGAUUGGGUUGGAGGUGGCUACUUGCACUGUCUUCUGCACCAUCUUUUGCUUUGCUUCUAUUUUAUGGUCUUACACUAGAAUCUCCAAGGUAUCUGUAUACGAAAGGCAGAACAGCUGAAGCACAGGAUGUACUGGAGAAGGUUGCACUGCUGAACAGAACAAAUCUCCCUCCCGGUGAGCUUGUUUCUGCUCAAAUAACUAAGCUGGAGGAAGAAUCUGUCCUGUUGGAAGACACUCAUUUGCGCUCCUCAACAAGAAAAAAAAUCAAGGAUUCCAAAAAAAGCCCCUCUUCAUUGUUUCAGCUUUUUUCAACAAAACUAAUUACAACCACCCUUCUCCUAUGGUUAAUAUACUUUUGCAAUACAUUUUCAUAUUAUGGCAUUAUAUUGCUUACCUCCGAGCUGAGCAGUGGGAAAAGUAAAUGUAGCUCAAUCCCAUUGCCUUCAGAAAAAAUCCAGGAUGCUAGCCUCUACGUAGACGUGUUUGUCACUACUUUGGCAGAGGUUCCUGGGCUUGUUUUAUCAGCCAUACUUGUGGAUUGGGUUGGCCGCAAAAUUUCCAUUGAAAUUAUGCUCGUGUUAGGUUUCAUUUUACUUCUGCCACUGCUUUCCCAUCAACAUGAGACAUUGACAACAACUUUGAUCUUUGGAGCUCGCAUGUCCAUUACAACGGCCUUCAGAGUCGUCUCUAUUUAUGCUGCUGAGGUACAUCUCAACGUCCAUCUCAAAAUUCCAAUGGCUUCCUCAUCACGAUUUUUUCCUUUGUCAGGCUCUAAUUCUUCAUCUUCAUCAUCAUCCUCUUCAUCAGAUAACCCUAUUGACUCAAUGAUUCAACGUAAUCAAGACGCCUUUCGUGAGAUUUUGAAUUCAAUGAACCCAGAGAUAGUAGAGCAAGUUUUUAAACCAUGUAAGAAGCGGUACAUUCAUCGUAAUUGA